AUGGCGAAAGCACCGGGUCCCAUUAGGAAAGCCUGGUACGAGUGGAAGAUGCUGCGCUUUCCCUGGCGGAAGAGGUGGCUGGUCGGCUUCGAUCUCCACGGCAACACAUUCUGGGAGUUCAAGGACGCCCUGCACUCGAUGCGCAACCGCCGCAUUGCAAAGUACCACCGCUCCACACACUACGGCGACGUGAACGUGAGUCCUGGCUGGAUGCAAUGGUUGCGCCACACGCGUUUCGAGCCGCCUACCAUCCAGGAACAACAGCAAGAGAUGCAGCGACAGGCGAACAUGAAGCUGCUUGCUGCCCGUGCAGAUGAACGCUGGGCUGCGAAGCCUUCUGCCUUGGAUGCGCCGGACAAGCAGCAGCCCAUACAGAUGCUCGAGUCGAGAGAUCCCAAGUCGGGCGUUGUGCAGACAAACGCCGAGCAGGAACUGAGCUCUCGAGGCGGCGACUCGAGAAGCGCAGAAGCAAGGAGCGAGCAAGGCGAGAGGCCAGCACACGACAUGCGUCCAGACGUGACGCCUGGGGCGGAGGCGCCGCAGCCUGCUGGCGUCACAGAGGAGGCACCUGCGUUCAAGGCGAAGAAGAAGAUGCGGGUGAACAAGGAGCCCAAGGAAGACGCGCCCUGGAAGCAGGCAGCAUCUAGCAACCCAGGAGACGACUGGCAGCCCAAGGCCUGGACGCCGCCACCCAGGAGAAGGGGAUGA